CUGUUAUGGUCCUGUCAGGGCGCCGGCGUCGUGGUGCUUGGGCGGUCGCCACCGAGAGGACUUGAGUGGGGCGGGCCUCCAGGACAGCUCGGAGGCCCUCUGCGCUCGCGACCGGCCUUGUCCCCAGCUUGUACCUGCCGGCUCCCAGGCCGCACGGAAGGGCGCGCGUGCGGGUCUGCGCCGCGACCGCCUUGGGGUCCGGGCGCAGCCGCAGCCGGCGCGGAGGGGCCGCGAGAUGCAGCCGCCGGGCCCGCCCCCCGCGUACGUCCCCACUAACGGGGACUUCACCUUUGUCUCCUCUGCAGACGCGGAAGAUCUCAGUGGUUCAAUAGCAUCCCCAGAUGUCAAAUUAAACCUUGGUGGAGAUUUUAUCAAAGAAUCUACAGCCACUACAUUUCUGAGACAAAGAGGGUAUGGCUGGCUUUUGGAAGUUGAAGAUGAUGAUCCUGAAGAUAACAAGCCUCUCUUAGAAGAAUUGGAUAUCGAUCUAAAGGAUAUUUACUACAAAAUCCGAUGUGUUUUGAUGCCAAUGCCAUCACUUGGUUUUAAUAGACAAGUGGUGAGAGACAAUCCUGACUUUUGGGGUCCUCUGGCUGUUGUUCUUUUCUUUUCCAUGAUAUCAUUGUAUGGACAGUUUAGGGUGGUCUCAUGGAUUAUAACCAUUUGGAUAUUUGGUUCACUAACAAUUUUCUUACUGGCCAGAGUUCUUGGUGGAGAAGUUGCAUAUGGCCAAGUUCUUGGAGUUAUAGGAUAUUCAUUGCUUCCUCUCAUUGUAAUAGCCCCUAUACUUUUGGUGGUUGGAUCAUUUGAAGUUGUGUCUACACUUAUAAAACUGUUUGGUGUGUUUUGGGCUGCCUACAGUGCUGCUUCAUUGUUAGUGGGUGAAGAAUUCAAGACCAAAAAGCCUCUCUUGAUUUAUCCAAUCUUUUUAUUAUACAUUUAUUUUUUGUCCUUAUAUACUGGGGUGUGAGCCAAGUCAUACGUGAGUAGAAAAAGACAAAUGUGUGUGUAGGCUGGGAAUUCUUGGCCCAAGGGAUUGAAGCAAACCUGUUGCUGGUAAAAUUUUACAUGUUCCAGACAUAAUGCAGGUUUAAGAUCUUUCUACAACUGUUAUUUGUGUUUAAGUAAUUGCAGUUAUCUGGGAUGUUUUUGGUCAGAAUGCUAAAUUCUGUUCGAUUCUUCAUAUUCCAGCAAAUAAAAUAUAAAAGCAUUGUGUUUUUAAGAUUGUGUCAAUAUUCACAUAAAAACUUGUGCCAAAAGCACCUGGAUUGGUAAUUAUAUUUCACAUGAAGGGUAAAUUUGAUAACAUCUUGAUAACCUAAAAGUGCAAUUCUUUUCCUUUAAAAAAUUUUCUCCUGCAUUGCAGAUCCUGUAGAUAUAUAUUUAUAUUUAUACAUAUAUAUUUAUGGAAUAAUUAUUCACAAAAUAUAUUUCUGGAUAGCCUAAAAAUUAAGAUAUUUAAUCUGAUGCUUAAAACUUCAUUUAAAUUGGAUCUUAAUCUUGUUUAUUUAAAAAUUCAAACUUGUUUUUUAAAUGGCAUAUAAUUUUAAAAAUAGUGGUUGUUGAUAUAGAUUUGGUUUAUUUGGAUAAACUUUUAAAAACUAUUUUUGAAUGUCCAGACAUUUAAUUUAAAGUUUCUGUUAAUCUUUCUGACAAAGGGGCAAGAAGUAUAAUGGAUAUGACAUUUGGUAAAAUCAUGACUGUUUAGGAACACAAAAUAUUUAUUGCACCAGUAAAUAUUUUAAGUGGUAUUCCUAAAUCAGAAAAGUUGUGGGAAAAAACAUCUUUAAGAUUGUGUGGUCCUGAGCAAUGUUACAUGAAGUAGAAAAUAAUAAAAUGCUUCCCAGCUGUAUGUUUUGUUUUAUAA